AAAGGAAAAGUUGGCUAUGUUCAAAUGUGUGAGCACACACAUUUUCUGGGUAGAAACGUUAUUCUAUAAACAAAACUGUCUUAUAAUACUUUAAAGUAUCGGUUAACUUAUAACCAAUCACGUGGGCUACAUACUACAUACCCACGUCCUACGUAAGCCGUAAUCGCAGCCGAUCGCAGCCAUCAGUAUCCGACGCACGUGGUCGAAUGAAUGGCGAAAGGAUGUUUAUAAAACACCUAAGUAGAAUUUCUACUAUACGUUCUAGAAAUUUACGUCACGAACUAUGCAGUACUGCGCGAAGUGCACAUUGGGGACGAUUGCGUUCAUCAGAAACAGACACAAGCUCACCAGAAGACAAUGAGGUCAUAACGUCGUACAUGGGUCUAGGUUUUGAGAAGAACAUCCGUUUGAACAGGCGAAAAUUGAAAAUGGAAGCAGAAGAAGCUAAGAAGGAGCCUGAAACUGUUCUGCCAGUUUACAUGCAGUACAUGAUGCGCACGGAGAAAGAAAAAUUGUGCAAAAUGUACCCUCAUCUCGCCCAAGUUCUGGACCUGGUUGUUAAUCGUAAGAAAAUGGAAAGUGAUGAAACAGCAGAGGUUUUUCAGCUGCCAUACCAACAGUUUGUAGCUCAACAGCAAGAUCCCAAAGUGAUUAAUUGUGCUUCACGUAACGUAGUUGAAGCUAAAGUCACUGAUAUACUUAAGCAGCGAGAAACAGGAGCCUCGCAAUUUUUUCAAGAAAUGGAGACUCGUGAAGAUUUGCGAAACGAUUUGAAGGAAGAGCUUGCUGAGAUGCGGCAAGAGUUGUGGCGUACCAAUUAUGGCACUGAGGACCAUAAAAUUCCUCCCAGUUGUGUACCAUGUGGUGGCUGUGGUGCAUUUUUACACUGUACAGACUCUGCCAUACCAGGUUUUAUGCCUGCUGAAAUCUUUGCAAGCCUCGACAGAGAAGCAUUGAGGUCCCAUUUAUGUCAAAGGUGUUUGUACAUCCAGCACUAUGACACUGCAUUAAACGUGAAGGUUGAUGCAAGCACGUAUCCCAACGUUCUGGCAGAGAUAAGGAACAAAAAAGCUCUUAUUGUGCUCGUGGUGGAUCUGAUGGACCUGCCUUGUAGUGUGUGGAACAAUGUGACAGAGUUGCUGGGACCUGGCAAGCCAGUGCUGGUUGUUGGCAACAAGGUUGACCUGUUGCCAUGUGACCAGAAGGGUUAUCUGGACCGGGUGCGUCAGUGUUUACGGAACAACUUGAAAGACUUGCAUCAAGGAGGAAAUGUUAAAGGGAUCUGUCUCAUCAGUGCCAAGACCGGUUACGGUGUAGAAGACCUCAUCACACAUUUACACAAUACGUGGCGGAUGAAAGGUGACAUUUACCUGAUUGGAUGCACCAAUGUAGGGAAAUCGACACUGUUCAAUGCCCUGCUGCAGUCUGACCUAUGCCAUGAAGGUGCCACUGACCUGGUGCAACGUGCUACCACCUCAGUCUGGCCUGGUACAACACUGAACCUGCUCAAGUUUCCGAUCCUACGUCCUGCGGGAUGGCAGUUGCACAUUCGUUUGCGCCGCUUGGCCAGCCAGAGGGCGCAGCUGUACCAGGAAGUGCAGCAUCGUCGCCAGCUGUAUCGGAAGACUGGCCAACUGCAUUACGUGACCCUGCUUGGUCGGAUUGGCAUGUCAUUCAAGAAACGUGACCUCCUUGUGACUAGCCCACCUAAGGGCCUGGACGAAAAUGAUCCUCGAUUUCGAAAUUCCCACUUCUGUUACGACACUCCGGGUGCCAUCUACGGUGAUCAGAUAUUGGACCUGCUAACAGUGGAAGAACUGCUCAAAGUGAUGCCCAAGGAAAUCAUUACCCCAAGGACAUUUUCUUUGAGGCUCAAUCAAACUCUCUUUGUGGCUGGCCUAGGAAGGGUGGACCUACUCAGCAUUCCGUUGCCCAUCCAUAUCGUAGACACUGGGAAUGCAGACAGGUUUUACCGUGAGAAUAUUGGCACCUCUCUUCUGGGAGUCCCAUUGGGUUCUUCCAAGAGACUGGCCAGUUUUCCUCCACUUGAAGGAAAGGAGUUUCAGUACAAAGGCACAGGCUGGGAGGAGAGCUGUGGUGAUGUCGUUUUAUCUUCUGCAGGCUGGGUAAGCUUGACAUUGAACCGCGACGAGGAUGUCUGCAUCCGAGCAUGGACUCCGAAUGGACGAGGUCUACACAAGAGGGUACCUGCCAUGUUGCCUCGUGCAGUGACCAUGCGUGGCAGUCGCAUCAAGGGUACUCCUGCAUACGCACAAAGUAAUGGACUUGCUUGGGAUUAAAGGGCAUGCGUCGCAGUCCAUUCAGAAACUCUAGUGCUGUUUUACUCCAUGUUCAUCACGCAAAUGUCCUCAACUUGUGCCAUUGGAAAAAGAUUGGUGUUUUGAGGCGA